UCAAAAGCUUUUGAUAUGGUGUCUUACGACCUUCUUUGGCAUAAGCUUCGUACGGAGACGGACGUACCGGAGGAUGUUAUAGGUAUUUUUGAUUAUUGGUAUAAUAACCAAAUUAAUGUGGUCAAGUGGGGAAAUGCCUUUUCUGAAGAGUACAGGUUGAAGUGCGGGGUGAGGCAGGGGGGGUUAACCUCACCGCGUCUCUUUAACCUGUACAUUAAUGCGCUCAUAGAGGGUCUCAGUAGCACAAGAGUCGGAUGUGCAAUUGCCGGAGAAAUGGUAAAUAAUAUCAGCUACGCUGAUGACAUGGUGCUCUUGGGACCCUCUGUCUGUGCAAUCAGAAAACUCCUAAAUAAGUGCGAGGAGUAUGCGUUGACCCACGGACUCAGGUACAAUGUGGCUAAAAGUGAGGUUCUUGUCUUCCAGCCGCGUGAGCAUAAGGUGGAUAGGGUACCGGAAAUCUCGCUGUACGGGAUACCUCUGAAUAGGACCAAUAAGUUCAAGUACCUGGGUCACUGGGUCGAUGAGAGCCUCUCAGACGAUCCAGACAUCGAGAGGGAGCGCAGGGCGUUGGCUGUCCGGGGUAACAUGGUGGCUCGCAGGUUUGCACGUUGUUCAAGAGAAGUUAAAAUAACUCUGUUCAAGGCAUAUUGCCAAUCUUUUUACACGUGCAGCCUGUGGGUCAACUAUACUCAGAGGGCAAUCAACGCCUUGCGCGUUCAGUACAAUAAUGUACUCAGGAUGUUGUUGGGUCUUUCGAAGUUCUGCAGCGCUUCAGGUAUGUUUGCGGAUACACGAAUAGAUGGCUUCCAGGCCAUUAUCCGCAAACGGACUGCUUCCCUUAUGAGCCGCGUUCGUGUGAGCCCCAACAGCAUUCUGAGUCUGGUGGCUAAUAGGCUGGAUUGUCCUAUAGCAAGGCACUGGGAUAGUCUCCAUGUUCCCCCACUCCCUUAAUUUAUGUUCUAUAUUUUAGUUCUUAAGCUUCGGACAUUUGAAUAGAAUUUGACUGCGCAUGCUUGCAAAUUUUAAUGUUUUAUAAAUUAUUGAAUAUUAUUAAUUUAUUAUUAUUAUUGGUUGUUAUACAUUUUUAUUUUUGAUUAUAAGAAUUAUUGAGUUAUCGAAUUAUUUGAUAUAUCAGUGCACAGUGAAAUUGUUUUAAAUGUAUAUCCUUGAUUUAAUUUAAUUUAAUUUGAUAUAAGUACCUAAGUUUUCAUUGUAAUUUUCUUUUCUUUCUUUCUUUUCUUUUGUGAAUAUGUGU